UUUGGAAACCAAACCGACCCACAAAAUUAAAAACAAAGAGGAGAGCAAGCAAGCCUCGUCAGAAUCCUACUCUCCACCAGUUCGUGGUGUUAGAUCUCGCCGCGAUCUCUGACUGGAUACAGUCUCUCCGGCGCACUUUCCCGGCCGUUUUCCGCCGGAAAAAAUACUUUCUCUAUCUCCACUAAUCGAUCUUUCGCUCACCGAGUUUUUCUUUUUCAGGUGUGUGAUGCUUUGGUAUUUUGCUUUCUGUUUGCUAGCAGAGGACUUUUUCGUCUUGAUUGGGCAUUGCGAGAGAUAUAUCUGUGUGUAAAAUAUUUAUGUACCUGUGAUUGGAAAAUCAAUGUGCUGUCUUUAUGCAAAGAAUUUUAUUUUGAAGGGUGUGAAUGGUUAUUUACCUCGAUCAUUGGAUUGGAUAAGAAGUGGAAAAGCCUUAUCGGAGGGGACUUUUGGAGUAAAGCACUAAAAAUGUCUUUCCCAAAUCAGGGCUUUUGGAUGGCAAAAGGUAGUAAUGGGUGUUUAAAUGAUGGUGAGAUGGCAUAUGAUAAUUCUAGAAUAGAGCCAAAGCGUUCUCAUCAGUGGUUCAUGGAUGGUCCUGAGGUAGAGCUAUUUCCCAACAAGAAGCAGGCUGUAGAAGUUCCAAACAACAAUCUAUUUUCAGCGAUGUUAAACUCAAAUGUUUCUCCAUGGGGAGGUGGUCCCAGUUUCCACUCAUUUUCUGGCCAUUUCACUGAACGUCUGUUUGAUUCUGAGACGGCCAGGACUAUGAAUUUUGAUGAGAGAAACAUUUCGUCAGUUGAUGCAGAAAAAAUGAAUUUGGGGAGAAAAGUUAAUGAGAAUCCAUUUGGAAAUGAUUCCUCAUUUGGUUUAUCUAUGUCCCAUACGCUUGAAGAUCCUGGAUCAGGUCUUGCUUAUGGUGGGUUUAGAAAAGUCAAAGUUAGCGAGGUUAAGGACUCUGAGAAUCUCAUAUCUGUAUCAAUGGGACAUCCUUAUAAUAGUAAUGACAACACCAUGUCAACUAGUCAUGCUUACAACAAGGCAGAUGACAAUUCAAUAUCCAUGGGUCUCACUUAUAACAAGGGGGAUGAUAACUUCAUAUCUGUGGGUGAUACAUAUGACAGGGCAGAUAACAACUUUAUAUCAAUGGGACAGCCCUUCAACAAGGCCGAUGAAAGCAUAUCGAUUGGUCAAACAUUUAAAGAGAAUAACAGUACCAUGUCAGCGGUGCAGACAUUUAGCAAGGGGGACAACAGUGUCAUUUCUGUUGGUCAAACGUACAAUAAGAUAGGUGACAAUGCCAUAUCAACUGGUCAGAUCUACAGUAAAGGGCAAGAGAGUACUGUAUCAAUAGGUCAAGCCUACAACAAGAGUGAUAAUAAUAUUUUAUCAAUUGGUCACUCCUAUAACAAGGGAGAAAGUACUAUCAUAUCAUUUGGUGGCUGUGAUGAUGAUGAUGACACAAAUACAUCAGGAAGACUCUUAUCCAAUUAUGAAUUAUUGAUGGGUCAAACUUCCGUUAAAAAAUCAGAAGUAAAUGAGAGAGAGUUCGUUAACUCAAAUAUUGACACACUUGUAAAUAUUUCCCAUAUAACUGCUUCAGGAUCUGAGACUGUUUCAAAAAAGAAAGAUGAUCAAAAAAUGUCCAAGAAGGUUCCACCAAACAACUUCCCUUCGAAUGUCCGAAGUUUGCUGUCAACUGGUAUGCUGGAUGGUGUUCCCGUAAAGUAUACUGCCUGGUCGCGGGAGAAGGAGCUCCGAGGUGUCAUAAAAGGUUCUGGAUAUUUAUGCGGUUGUCAAUCAUGUAAUUUCUCUAAGGUGAUCAAUGCGUAUGAAUUUGAGCGUCAUGCUGGUUGCAAAACAAAACACCCAAACAAUCACAUAUAUUUUGAGAAUGGAAAGACUAUUUAUGGAAUCGUGCAAGAGCUUAGGAGCACACCUCAGAAUAUGUUGUUUGAAGUCAUUCAGACAAUAACUGGUUCACCUAUCAAUCAAAAGUCAUUCCGACUUUGGAAAGAAUCAUUUUUGGCCGCAACACGUGAACUUCAGCGAAUAUAUGGAAAAGAUGAAGGGAAGCAAUUGUCCUAAUCAAAACUCAUUGAAAUUGUGAGGUUGGAUCAUUCGUUGUUUUGUGCAUAGAAGUGCAUGUUUUUGGCUAUACCAUCUACUUAAUGGUGGUGAUUGCACAACCAACUUGUGGGUUUGGAUACCCAUCCGAUCUGAACACGAGGAAUGAUGGAAUCAUGAAAUGAGCUUUACGCUUGAGUUGGACCUGUUUAUCGGGUUGUGAGAUGUAUGAUAACAGGGCAUGGUUUGUGGCCAGUAGAAGGGAAAAUUGAAAUCUUACAUUUGUCUUGUUAUCAAAGGAAAUUUUCGGUCUCCUUUUUAAUGCAUUACAAUAUUUCUUAUA